GUAUGGAAUGUUGAGACACUGUGCACCCCCAGCGGGACAAUCCUUCGUAAGCUGGCGGGCAGUCGCUCAUCUCGAAUAUCUCCGGCUCGAUCUAUCCCAUUUGCGACCAGCAAGGAAUGCAGCAACAACUAAAGCGAGGCAGGCAGCAAACAACACAUUCACGGUGCAAACAAGCAAGUUACUCAGCGCCCAGUAAGCUGAGAAAAUCAACAUGGGCAGUACCAGCAACGCGGAAGAAUAUGACUUCGUGGUCAUCGGGGCGGGAUUAUUCGGCCUCGCAAUGGCAAAGACCUAUCUACAAGUCAAUCCUUCUACGCGGUUACUUGUUCUUGACAGCGGCAAGAGCCUUGGCGGCACAUGGUGCGCCGAGCGCAUAUACGAUGACCUCUACACCAAUAACCUUGUGGGCACACUUGAGUUCGGGGAUUUUCCUAUGGACUUUGAGACAUUUGGUGUGCCGCCCAACGCCCACGUCCCAGGGUUGGUGAUGCAUAGGUACUUUACAGCGUAUGCGCAGCACUUUGGUGUUUAUGAGAGAAUCAAACUCCGUUCUACGGUGACAUCUGCUGAGCUUCUCCAAGGAGGCGAGUGGCAUAUCAAGUACGAUGUUGAGCAUAGUGUCGACGGAGAGGGAACAGAGCAACGGGAGCUCAUUGCAAAGAGGAUGGUUCUGGCAACUGGCCCUACCUCGACGCCAAAUAUUCCAAAUAUAAAGGGAAAUGAUCAGUUUGGGGGCCAUGCUUUCCAUUUUAAAGAUCUAAGUAAGCAUGCGAAGGAUUUGAGUGAAGCAGACAAUGUUGUCGUCUUGGGCGGCUCAAAGUCUGCCGUCGAUGCAGUCUACCACAAUGCCUCAAAGGGUAGACACGUCGACUGGGUAAUUAGAGAAUCUGGUCGCGGCCCAGCUUGGCUGCUUCAUUCUUACGUCUCGCCGUUAAAACUACAAUUUGAGAAACUAGCCACAACACGGUUCAUGACAUUUCUUAGUCCAUGCAUAUAUGCCGACGCCUAUCCCAUGGUCCGCCGACUACUUCACGACACCAGGAUUGGAAGAGCACUACUACGUUUCGUCUUCGGAAGGAUAGACCACGGUUCCAUUAAGGAGACGAAAUACAACGACCACCCCGAAACCAAAAAGCUAAUCCCCCACGGCAGCGUCGUCUGGAUAGGCACCACCGUCGGUAUCUUCAACCACCCCACCGACUUUUUCUCCCUCUUCCACAAAGACCUCGUCCACGUCCAUAUGUCCGACAUAACCUCCCUCUCCAAGUCCAGCGUCCACCUCUCCAACAACACCACCCUUCCCGCUGAUGCUCUAAUCUACGCCACUGGUUGGUCCCAUGCCCCCACCAUACCAAUCCUCCCGGCGUCCCUAGCCCCCAAACUCGCCGUCGGACCUGCCCCUCCCACCGACCCAACCAUCGCUGCCGCAGAUGCUGAGAUCAUGCGCCGCUUCCCCGAACUCAAGGACCAGCCACCCAGGGGCACCAGCAUAGACCACGAGCGUGCCACUGAGCCUUCCUACCGCGCCUACCGCAACGCCAUCCCCCCCGCUUUUCUGUCGUCGCGGAACCUCGCGUAUUGCGGACUCGCGGCCAUCGGGUUGAGAGGCUUCUGGAUUUCAGAGAUGCAGGCGUUGUGGAUCACGGCGUUUUUCGCAGACAAGUUAAGUGUAGAGUUGCCCAGUGAGGAGGAGGCGGCGAGGCAGGCGCUGCUGGAGAGUCGGUUCUUUAGGUAUAGGGCAUCAAAUGGGUUGGGCGCUAAGUCAGCGGAUAUGGUGUUUGAGAUUGUACCGUUUAUCGAUACGCUGUGUCGGGAUUUGGGGAUCGAGACGAAGAGAAAGGGGGGGUGGAAGGAGAUCUUUGAGUCGUACGGGGUGCAAGAUUAUAGUGGGGUAGUGGAGGAGUGGAUGAAGAAAGAAAAUCUGGGCGGGGUUGGGCAGCUAUGAGGGGGGUUAUUCUCGUGGAGAGGGUAUUUGCAGCUGGAAAGGGAAAAGCUGGUUCUUCAUCAAGCUCAGCUUAUAGAUUUAUCGCACUGCAUUUUACUCGCAAC